AUGGCUCAACUCAUUUCUCGUGAAGAGCGCCAAGGAAAGAUCAAUGCUGCAUGUGCUUCACUUAUUGAGUUUGGUUUCCCCGUGGAUCUGUUUUCAGUGAAGAACAUUUUACGUCUCGGCUACACGGAGGACGAGUUUAUAGAGUUUGUUCAACCCAUUUCCUCUAUCACUGAUAUGAGAGAGUUGGAGUAUCUCUUCAAGGAAGCUCGUCAGAGUUUGCAUUAUUCAAUUUCCACUGAAUUGAAGAAGUUCAUGUACUGUGUGAACUGGAUCACGAAUUCUGAGCGAGGCAAGAAAAUUAUGCUUGCUUUGAAACGCUCCAGAAUGAGUAGUGUUGAAAGUAAAGAAAUGUCUGAGGCUGAUCUCAAGAUUGGUCACAUGAUUGUGAAAUCGGUUGCUUCACGUAAGCAAAGGUGCCGGCAAAUUUCCUCGGAGAUUCAACAGUUGAGGAAACGUCAAGAAGAUUUGGAGAUAGAAUCUGAAAGAUUCUAUUCUGAAUCAAAGGAAGAGUUUGGUCCGUUUUGGGGCUACAAUGAGCUUCCCAUAUUUGAAUUGAGACUUCAGUGCUACGAGCUAUACUUGGAGGAUUGUAAAUCCAAGGGUAUAGAUGCCCUCCCUAUCGAUGAAUUGGGUUUUGAUGUCCUCUUGGAGUCUUUUGGCAGCAUUGUGAAAGAGCGACAUGUUCUCGAGUUCUUGAAAGAACCAAUCAUGAAAGCUCCGUUUCAAAACUAUUUUAGAGAAAAAUUUACUAGUCUUGCUGUUGACGGUGUAGAUAUGAAGUACGUCGGUGGUGGCAACUGGGUGAUUGCUGACUCAGAAGUUUCCGAUGGGAUUUAUAUUCCUGGAGUGAAGGCUACCCACGGCAAGAAGGCAACCGAAGACGGCGAAAAGGCCAAGGAAGGAGUUUCCGAAGACGAAAAGGCCAAAGAAACUGUUCCCGACGGCGAAAAGGCCAAGGAAGGAGUUUCCGAAGACGAAAAGGCCAAAGAAACUGUUCCCGACGACGAAAAGGCCAAGGAAGGAGUUUCCGAAGAUGAAAAGGCCAAAGAAACUGUUCCCGACGACGAAAAGGCCAAAGAAGGUGUUUCCGGCUUUGAAAAGGCCAAAGAAACUGUUCCCGACGGCGAAAAGGCCAAGGAAGGAGUUUCCGAAGACGAAAAGGCCAAAGAAACUGUUCCCGACGACGAAAAGGCCAAGGUAGGAGUUUCCGAAGAUGAAAAGGCCAAAGAAACUGUUCCCGACGAUGAAAAGGCCAAAGAAACUGUUCCCGACGACGAAAAGCUGUCAUUGCUGCUUAAAGGGACCGUUGUUGCGCCUCCUGAUAAGUUUGGUGAAACACUAUCAGAUGAGCGAGUAAAUGGAGGUGCAUUUGUUGGUGCUGAUGGUGUUCAAUUCCCUCACAAGCUAAUACCUAAUGCAGGGAUGCGUCUUUAUGGUGGUGCACAAUAUCACCGGGCAAUGGCUGAGUUUCAUUUUGUAGUAGGAGGAAUCAAGUGUACUCCAAUCACUCGGGAAGAAAUUGUAAAUGCUUGUGGAGUCGAAGACAUUCAUGAUGGGACAAACUACUCUAGAUUUAGAGAUUUAGUUAGAGGUAACAGUUGUGUACGGAAUCCCUGGUUAUGCCAAACGCUUGCUGCUGUAGAAUGUUUCCAAAAUCAACAUAUGAAACAUUCUCUACUAAGUUGUUUCAGCAUUUCCAGUCUGACCCAAGGUGGAACUCGCCUUCUAAUUGAUGGAAGGACUUGCUUGCUUCAGAAUGAUCACGAUCCAUCAAAGUUAAUUGGAGAGACUCCAUGCAAGCUUCUGAGAUAUUUGGUUGCAGACGACAGUCACAUUGAUGCAGACACACCAUAUGCUGAAGUUGAGGUCAUGAAGAUGUGUAUGCCUCUUCUCUCCCCUGCUUCUGGGAUUAUUCAUUUCAGAAUGGCUGAAGGUCAAGCCAUGCAGGCUGGUGAACUUAUAGCAAGGCUUGAUCUAGAUGAUCCUUCUGCUGUAAGAAAGGCAGAACCCUUCACUGGGAGCUUCCCAAUCCUGGGCCCUCCUACAGCAAUUUCAGGUAAAGUUCAUCAGAAAUGUGCGGCAAGCUUAAAUGCUGCACGGAUGAUUCUUGCUGGCUACGAGCACAAUAUUGAUGAAGUUGUGCAAAGUUUGCUCAAUUGCCUUGACAGCCCUGAAUUACCUUUCCUUCAAUGGCAAGAAUGCUUUGCAGUUCUGGCAACCCGUCUUCCUAAAGAUCUAAGAAUUGAGUUGGAAGCUAAAUAUAAGGAAUUCGAGAUUAAUUCAAGCUCCCAAAAUAUUGAUUUCCCUGCCAAAUUAUUGAAGGGAAUUCUUGAAGAUCAUCUUUUCUCCUGUGCUGAUAAUGAAAAAGGAGCCUUAGAAAGACUAGUUGAACCUCUGAUGAGUCUUGUAAAGUCUUAUGAGGGUGGAAGAGAGAGCCAUGCCCAUAAAAUUGUACAAUCUCUUUUCGAAGAGUAUCUCUCAGUCGAAGAACUAUUUAGUGAUAAUAUACAGGCUGAUGUAAUUGAACGACUCCGUCUUCAAUACAAGAAAGAUUUGUUGAAGAUUGUAGAUAUUGUGCUCUCUCAUCAGGGUGUCAAGAGCAAAAAUAAGCUGAUACUGCGACUAAUGGAUAAACUGGUUUACCCUAAUCCUGCUGCCUAUAGGGAUCAAUUGAUCCGAUUCUCUCAACUCAAUCAUAUUAUUUAUUCUGAGUUGGCUCUUAAGGCUAGUCAACUUCUUGAACAAACUAAACUGAGUGAACUUCGAUCCAGCAUUGCACGAAGUCUUUCUGAACUAGAAAUGUUUACUGAGGAUGGUGAAAAUAUUGAUACUCCGAAGAGGAAGGGUGCCAUUAAUGACCGAAUGGAGGACCUUGUGAGCGCUCCUUUGGCAGUUGAAGAUGCUCUUGUGGGCUUAUUUGAUCACAGUGAUAACACCCUUCAAAGGAGGGUUGUGGAAACUUAUAUACGUAGGCUUUACCAGCCGUAUCUUGUCAAAGGCAGCAUCAGGAUGCAGUGGCACAGAUCUGGCCUUAUUGCUACGUGGGAGUUCUUAGAAGAAUACGUUGAACGGAAGAACGGGGUUGAAGACAAAACACUGGUGGAGAAACAUAGUGAGAAGAAAUGGGGAGUGAUGGUUGUAAUUAAAUCUCUUCAAUUUUUGCCAGCAAUUAUCAGUGCUGCAUUAAGGGAAGCAACCAAUAACUUUCACGAUGCACUUAAAAGUGGUUCUGUCGACUCAAAUAAGCACGGUAAUAUGAUGCAUAUUGGACUAGUGGGCAUCAACAACCAAAUGAGUUUACUUCAAGACAGUGGUGAUGAAGAUCAGGCUCAAGAAAGAAUCAAUAAGUUGGCCAAAAUACUCAGAGAGCAGGAAGUAGGGUCCAUAAUACAUGCUGCCGGUGUUGGAGAUAUUAGCUGUAUCAUACAGAGGGAUGAAGGGCGUGCUCCAAUGAGGCAUUCCUUCCACUGGUCAGCAGAAAAGCUAUAUUAUGAAGAGGAACCCUUGUUGCGGCAUCUGGAACCUCCGCUAUCCAUUUAUCUUGAAUUGGACAAACUUAAAGGCUAUGAGAAUAUACGCUAUACACCAUCCCGUGAUCGUCAAUGGCACCUCUACACUGUUGUGGAUACCAAGCCACAACCAAUUCAAAGAAUGUUUCUUCGAACACUUCUCAGACAGCCAACCACAAAUGAAGGAUACUCUGUUGCAUUCGCUGUUGCACGUUUUUUUCAGCGAGGUGGAACUUUCCAAAAUUACUACAUGUACCAUGGAGGGACUAACUUUGGCCGAACAACUGGUGGACCUUUCAUUUCUACAAGUUAUGAUUAUGAUGCACCUAUUGAUGAGUAUGGAAUUAUUAGACAACCCAAAUGGGGGCAUCUUAAAGAUUUGCAUAAGGCCAUAAAACUUUGUGAAGAAGCACUUAUAGCUACUGAUCCAACAAUUUCAUCUCCUGGUCAAUCUAGAGUUUACAAGACAGGAUCUGCAUGUGUGGCCUUCCUUGCUAACACCGGCACGAACGAUGCAACGGUUACCUUCAACGGCAAUUCAUAUCACUUGCCUGGAUGGUCUGUGAGCAUUUUACCAGAUUGCAAGAGUGUUGUUCUAAAUACUGCAAAGAUUAAUUCUGCAUCUACGAUUUCAAGCUUCGCAACUGAAUCUGUAAAAGAAGAGGUUGAUUCUUUGGGGAGUUCAAGUUCGGGAUGGAGUUGGAUUAGUGAACCGGUCGGUAUUUCAAAGGAUGAUGCAUUCACAAAAUCUGGACUUCUUGAACAAAUAAACACGACUGCAGAUAGAAGUGACUACCUGUGGUAUUCAUUAAGCAUUGAUGUUGAAGAUACUGCCGGUGCUCAACCUGUUCUUCACAUUGAAUCCCUUGGUCACGCCCUUCAUGCUUUUAUAAAUGGGAAACUUGCAGGGAGUGGAGUAGGAAACAGCGGAAACGCUAAGGUCAAGGUGGACAUCCCUAUUACACUUGUCUCUGGAAAGAACAAAAUUGAUCUCCUGAGUUUAACAGUGGGACUACAGAACUAUGGAGCUUUUUACGACCUAGUGGGUGCGGGGAUCACUGGUCCAGUAACAUUGAAAGGUUUGAGAAAUGGAAGUACUGUUGAUCUCUCCUCACAGCAAUGGACAUACCAGAUUGGUCUUCAAGGUGAAGAUUUAGGUUUGUCUAGUGGAAGUGUUGGACAGUGGAAUUCACAAUCUAACUUACCUACAAAUCAACCUUUGACUUGGUACAAGACGAACUUCAUUGCUCCUUCUGGAAGUAACCCAGUUGCAAUUGAUUUCACGGGGCUAGGAAAAGGAGAAGCCUGGGUGAAUGGACAGAGCAUUGGACGAUACUGGCCAACAUACGUCGCUCCAACUUCUGGCUGUACUGACUCAUGCAAUUAUAGAGGAUCCUAUUCUUCAUCGAAAUGUCUCAAGAACUGUGGAAAACCAUCACAAAUAUCAUUUCUCCUUUUUUAA